CAACAAUAUGGCGGCGAUCAUGUAGUCCAUUUGGAAAUUUGGGAUUUAAGCAAAAACUGCAUUCCUUUCAAUAAGAUACGGACUAUACAUCAUCACAAUGCCAAAGAAGGGAAAGAAAGGAAAGGGGAAGAAGGGCAAGGGAAAGAAGGGGAAGAAGGGAGCAAAAAAGCAAGAAUCAGUAGCCAAGUUAGCUGUAGCAAACUCAAAAGUAUGGGAAGCAAAAUUAGACAUAGCAGAGACUGCAAAAUCAGAAUACAGGGAACAUGCUAAGAAACUUAUGUUAGAGAAUGAUCAGCUUCAAAGUUCUAUGGUACAGAAUGAACAGGAAUCUAUUGAGAUAUUUACACUGCUGCAACAAAAUGAAGAGAAAAAGAAUAACCAGAUGGAGAAAAUGCAACAGUCCAUUCGUGAGGUUAAAAAAGAACACAGAAAAGAGAAAGAAAACAUUGUGGAAGGUUUCAGUAAACAGAUAAAUGAGCUGGAGGAAAAACUGGAAGAACGAACACAGGAAGUGCAUGUAAUGAGGAGUGAACUUAAGAUGGUGACUGAUUUCCAGAAACAGAAAACAUCUAUGAUGAGGGAAUUAGACAAUAUUAAAAAUGAUAUGCACAAUGCCAACAGAGACCACAAAGGCACACUGGCUAGGAUGGAACAGAAAUUCUUUGAAGAAAAGAUGAGGUUACAACAAGAAGCCAAUCAAAAAAUAGCUGAGUUAGCAGAAAGAGCACACACAGAAGCUAUUGCUAAUUUAGAUGAAACAACAAAAUCAGUGUAUAAGGAGAACGUAAGAUUAUCAGAGGCCCUAAACUAUCAUAUGAAAGAAGGAGAAGUAUUAAAGAAGAAAGUAGCCAGAUUAGAUGAAGAAAAUGAAAGUUUGAAAGGAGAUAAAGAAUUAAAUGAUAUGAUGAUUCAGGAGAAAGUUACUCAAGUUAGACAACAGAAAGAACAAAUCAGAGAGUUACAAGAAAAAGUGGAGUUAUUAGAGAAAUCUCUGAGUCACAUGUCUAGAGAGUUUGACACGACAAGGAAAGACCUAAUAACCAGAUCAAGAAUAGAAAACGAAGCUUCAAAAAUAGAAAUAGCUAAAUUACAACGUGUGAUUGAACUGAAAAAUAAAGAAAUGAACAAAGUGAAAAGAUUAGCCAAAAAUAUUCUGGAUCAGAGGACAGAGUUAGAACGGUUCUUCUUAGAGUCGUUAGAACAAGUACGAAUGGAAAUAAAUGCUAAUCAAGCCCAAUACAGACAAGAUGCCCAGAAAGCUUACCAACAGAAAAUGUUAAAUGCUUACAGUGGCAAGGGAGAUUAUCCUAGGAUUAGGACAUUCAAUAAGUCAGAUCAAAGCACCAAUAAUGUGUACUCAGAUUUACAGGCUGCUGAAAAAAUGUAUGAUAUAGGAGGGAAAGCUGAUGUCAGUGAUCUAACAUGGGAACAGAAAGAGAAAGUGCUGCGAUAUCUGUUUGCCAGGAUGAACGGGAGUGCCAAACCACCAAAUCUUCCCAAGCCACCACCUCUGCCUGCUAUAGAUAGAAGCCAACAACUCAGUAUCACUGGUGGACAAAUGCCUGAAGAUUCUAAAGAUGAAACUUUCCUGACACAAGCUAGAAUGGAAGAAGCUGAACCAGUUGGGUCUUAAAGCAGAAAACAUCAUUUACUGAACAUUUACUGACUUGUGCUUUUUAAUGUAACAUUGUUAUCUGUCUUUAAUUGAAGUGAUGUAUUGAUACAAUGUUUCAAGAAUAGAACAGAAAGUUUUGGGUUUUUUUUGUACGAAAAGAACACUUUUAAGGGAGAAAAUAUAUAUGGUUACUGUAUUAAAAAUCUUGUUUAUACAAAUGUUUUGCCUUUUAUCUACUUUUUGUGUUAAUGGACCAGGAUGGGGAAAGUAUGGAAGAUGAAUGCAUGUUGAGUGCUUGGUAAAUCAAAGCAAAACUAUAUUAAGUUACUUCUUGUUUAUUCUUUUUGAAGAGAUGAGAAACUGAAAUAUUUGCUAACUGUGACAAUUUAAGUUAUCUCCCCUGGUCAUUAGGAUCACAAGAUAGCAUAUUACCAACUAAACAUGGGUCUUGUAACUGACAUGUACCUUUCCUCGUCUUAGAUGAUAUCCUUUUCUCAUAAAUAAGGGAGAUAAUCAAAUCAAAUCAAAGAUUAAAAACAUAAACUUUUUUUGUUUUGGAAGGGGAUAAAGAAAAUAGUGAAUGCAUGGGUUUAUAUGUUUCUUAUGUAACUUUUUAUUAUGUUAUAGCUGUGAAAGUAUGAAAGUUGAAUGUAGAGAUAUAAUUCACUGAAAAGGGGCAGAUUUUCUGUAAAACUUAGGAAUGAAUGAGACAGUUAUGUAUCUUCUUUGUUUACUGAACUUUAGAAACUUUUUCUUUUUUUUAUCAUAAUUAUUAAUUUGCCUCCCACAGAAUAUGGCAUUGUUAAAGAUACUUUGCCUUGAGACAUCUUUUUUACCUUUAUUUACAAACAAGUACUUGAUAUAAGUGAAUGCCAUAAUCUUAUUGAUAUGACCAGUAAAGUUCAUAUUGUGUACCUAGUCUUAACAUUCCGUUCCUUACAAUGAUAGUGAUGAUGACAAUUAUGCCUUAGAUAAAUGUGAUAGGUUAUUUAAAUUUUAUCAGAUGUCUAUUUUAUUUUUGUUUUUAUGUGAAAUCUGUGAUAAACAUAUUAUAUAAAUCUG